CAUUUCAGUUCGUCUUUGUGGCUCGCUGAGAUCGGUCGCUUUCGUUUUAAUCUUUGUAUAUAAAUAGAAAUCUCGACGGUUUACUGUUAUUUUUUAUUUUUUUAAAUUACGUAAUAUCGAAAAUUACCGUGGAAAGAAGGCGUAUUCUGUGAUUAAACUUAUAAAAGAAGGUUAAUUAAAAAGAAAACUGUGUGUUAUUUAAAAAAAACUUGCAUGUAUGUAUGUAUGUGUCUAGAUAGAGGUGUUUUGCGGUUCGACCAUCUGACGUAAAGCCUAUUUAUAGACAAUUGUGUUUAAUACCGAGCCGAAAGUGUCCGUUAACGGCUGGAAUUUUAGUCAGUCUAACUUUUAAGAGUUGUGGGUGAAGCGCACCUUUUUUAUUUUUGAUUAGUGUUUAAAAAGUUUUUGGGGGAAAAUGUUUAAGAAAAAGAAUAAACUCAAAGUUGAUACCAAAGCGGCCUCAAAACAGUUAAUUCUUAACGAACAGAACGAUCAAGAACUUGAUAAAAGGAAAUUGGAUAAUAACGAAAACGAAAAGAAAUCUAAAAAAGGUAAAACACUUUGUCAAGUGUGCAAGAAAAAGUGUUCCGGUGAGGUGCUACGAGUACAAGAUAAAUAUUUUCACACCCAGUGCUUUAAGUGUAAAGUUUGUCAGAAUUCCCUAGCUCAGGGUGGGUUUUUUGCUAAAAAUGGUGACUAUUAUUGUACCAGUGAUUACCAGAAAAAUUUUGGAACAAAAUGUGCGGCAUGUCAAGAUUAUGUUGAGGGAGAGGUCGUAACUGCUUUAGGUAAAACAUACCAUCAAAGGUGUUUUACAUGUGCCAGAUGUCGCCAGGCGUUUCCUUCCGGAGAAAAAGUCACUUAUACUGGAAAAGAGGUUUUAUGCCAAAAAUGCGUUCAAAUUCCUAUAAAACAAACGGUAACUCCUCAAGCAACAAGCCCGACGUCGCAAAAUCCAAACGAAUGCGCCGGCUGCCGUCAAGAAUUAAAAGAAGGGCAAGCUCUGGUCGCGUUGGAAAGACAAUGGCACAUUUGGUGUUUCAAGUGCGGAAAGUGCGGAAUGGUUCUUCACGGUGAAUAUAUGGGGAAAGAAGGCGUUCCAUAUUGCGAGAAAGAUUAUCAUAAACAGUUUGGAGUUAAAUGCGCUUAUUGCGAACGAUACAUAAGCGGAAAAGUUUUACAGGCUGGUGAUAACCAUCAUUUUCACCCGACGUGCGCGCGUUGUACGAAAUGCGGCGACCCCUUUGGCGAUGGCGAAGAGAUGUAUUUGCAAGGGGGGGCUAUUUGGCAUCCUAGAUGUGGACCUGGACCUACUGAGAACGGGCAAAUUUUGAAUGGUACUGCUGAAAAUGGACAUUGCACCGAUACAGAUACCUCAGCUAGAGAUUUUGAUAGGAUAAGUUGUUCAGCUGCUAGUGAGAUGCAGUUUUCGAUGCGCUCUAGAACCCCAAGCUUGACCGGUUCUUUGUAUAGCCCAACCAGCAUGUCUAGAAAGCAAUUUAGCUACCGCACGCCAUCUCCUGGUUUAAUGCUUCGCGAUUACAGCAAAUCAGCGACGUUAAACGAUGAUAUCUCACGAAUAUACACGUACAGCUAUCUAACGGAAGAACCCACCUUGGGGUACCUACGCAGACCGAUAGAACCUUAUGAUAAAGCACCCACAUCACCACAUUUCCAUCGACCAACCUCGCAAAAUUCUUUGAGAAGUAGCACAGGAAAAUCUCGGCAUGGUUCUAAAUCCGCAAUGAAAGUUCUCGUUGAUUCAAUCCGUUCAGAAACACCUCGCCCGAAAUCGCCGCACAUGAAUAACGAGGAACCAAUAGAAUUAUCGCAUUACCCAGGGGCGAAACCUCCGAAACCCGGUGAAAAACCGAAAAUUGAGCGGGAUGAUUUUCCAGCGCCACCUUAUCCAUACACGGAUCCAGAACGGCGUAAACGGUGGUCUGAUUCGUAUAAGGGCGUUUCAAACUCGGAUGAUGAAGACGGUGUCGAUGGAGGAGGUGGAAUUGAAAAUUCGUCUGGCGAGAUUAAAGAUGUGCAAUUGAGAAAGGAACAAGAGGAAUUGGCUAAGAUUGAUAGUGGAAUGGGGAAGGUGUUUUUGAAGGAAGUUAAGGAACGGGAGAAGGUUAAAUUGUGGAAGGCUGCUCAUUUGGAUCCAAGAAACGCUUCAAGAACCCCCAGUGCUGCAAAAGAACCAACUUAUAGAUUAAGAUACGAAUCGCCAAUCGGUGCGAGCCCAUCAAGAAACUUAGACCACCCAAAACCGUUUGAUGAUGAAGAAUUCGAUCGUUCAAAUAGUUGUAGAUCAUCAAUGGGAAGAUCAAUCGGACAAAUUCCUAGUUAUAACGUCGUCAGCGCAUUGAGGCACGUUCCAAAACCGGGUUACGGCCUUGCCCCUCGAUCGCACACGUUCAGCUCAUCAGCCGGUAGCUAUACGCACAUUCCCGGAGAUUAUUCGUUUAGCGGUAUGGGAGUAAAAACGCAUAGCACGGAUUUUAGUAGCGGCAAAUCGGACAUUUCCAUCGGGUCAAUGACGGAUGUUGAUAGAAGAGCUUUGAAUUCCGAAAUGAUCGUACCCACGACUUACUCAGCACUGGGAAGAUCCCCAGGAGGGUACACGUCUCAAGUAAGACGAUCCCUGCCAAACAUGGCUCACACAAUGUUAAUAAACGAACCAGCGAAGAUUUACCCUUACCAUUUACUGUUAACGAAUAAUUAUCGACUGCCCGCAGAUGUUGAUAGAGUAAACCUAGAGAGGCAUCUAUCUGAUACGGAAUUUGAAGCAAUAUUCCAAUGUGUACGGGCGGAUUUUUAUAGGUUACCCCAGUGGCGUCGCAACGAGCUUAAAAAGCGAGCUCGUUUAUUCUAAAAAAAUCCUAAAAAAAAUAAAAUUAGGAUGCUACUACAUCACAAUUAAUAUCCUUGCCUAGUGAAUCUUUGAUCUACAAAAAUUGUUUAAAUAACAGCUUACGUUCUUUAGCACUACUUGCAUUUAAUAUUUGGUUUUGGAUAAUUUUUUGACUUUUAAACGUCUAUAACUACGACUACUAAUAUAUAAAAAUAUAAUACAUAAUAUACACAUUUUUGUUCUUAGUGUUUAAGAGUAAAGCUGUAAGUUAAAUCGAUAGGCAUUUUGAAAAAAUGGUCGAUUUUUAAUUAAAAACGUCGAUAACGUUUUUUUUUUGUUUUCUUUUGUGCUUUUUGGGGCUACUAGUCGAGUCAGAAAUGAAAUAAAAAUAAUUAAAAAAAAAGAAAUGUAGAUAGUGAAGUACUAGUUACGAUUAAAAUGGUGUAUAUUUUAUUUUUAAAACAGUUACUAUAUAAUUUAUUGAGUAUAAAAAAAACUAUCUUGCUUCAUUAUGAUUUUUGAGGUUCUUGUGUUGACGUUAUGGUUUUAUAUAUAAUAAUAUAUAAUAUAAAUGGAAGCUUAUUUAAAGAAAAAAAUGAUAUAAUUAGUAUAAUAGUUUAAUAUAUUUACUCUUAGACGGUGACUAUUUAAAUUUAAUUGAUAUGUAUUGGUAAAUAAGUAUGAUAUAUUAGAUUAAUUCUAGCACUGCUCUAUUUCAAUAAAAAGAAAGCUACUUUAAUAUUA